AUGAAUACGACAAAGGAAUAUGACGAGUACAGAUGCUCAGCGUGUAAGAAAGCGAUUAAGAGUCAGGUAGUGCAAUGCAAAGCGUGCCCAAAGCUGUUUUAUCACCCGGGAUGUGUAAUCAAGCAUAAAGUAUUUGAUAGAAAUCGGGAAUUAGUCCAGUGUGCUGGUCCGUUUAUGAAAUUCAUGAUCGAUGAAAAUGAGACGGUGAGGUCAGGAAUACCAAUGGCAGGUGGCAGUAGUGACAGAAGAGGCUCAGUGGAGGUGAGUAACAGUAACAAAAGCUCGGUCGAAAUGAAAAUAGACUGGAUGGUAAAGACAAUAAAGGAAAUGAAGGAAGAAAUUGCUUGCAAAAAUGAAGUGAAAAAUAUAAUUCAAGAAAUAGUGCAAGAGGAAAUGCAAGGGGUGAGACAAGAAAUUGAUGAACUCAGAAGAAUAAUACAAGGAGAAGGAAUAACUACGGCAAGAGAUAUCAGAGAAACAUACAGUGAUGCAGUAAAAAAAAAGAAAAGAGAGAAAGUCAUUAUUGUUAAACCCAAGGUGCAACAGGAAAGUGAAGUUACAAAAAAAACAAUAAAGGAAAAGGUUAAUAUAAAAGGUAUGUCGGUGGGAGUUUCCAAGCUGAAAAAAGGUAGUAGAGGGUCAGUGAUACUGGGCUGCGAAACGGAAGCAGAAAUAGAAACACUGAAGAAUGCAGUACAAGAGCAGUUGGGGGAAAACUUUAAUGUUGUAGAGACAGCACAAAUUAGACCGAAGAUUAAGAUUGUCAACGUGGGAGAGGAGGAGCUAGAGAUGGAAAAUGACGAAUUGAUUGAGACUAUUAAAAUACAGAAUGGGUUGGAAGAAAACGAACGGAGCAAGAUGAAAAUUGUUAAAAAAAUAACCAAGGCGAGGGAACAAACACGUAGUAGGGGAGGACAAAUCGAGGGAUCGGUGAUUCUCGAAGUGGAUGAAAAAACGAAUGAAAACAUAAUAAGCAGAGGAAAGCUCAACGUUGGAUGGCGUAAAUGUCCAGCUUACAGCCACGUCAACGUUAAGCGAUGUUUCAGAUGCUGGGGAUACUAUCAUAUAGCUAAGAAUUGCAAAAGGGAUGUAACAUGUACGGAAUGUGCAGGAAAUCACAACGCGAGAGAAUGUACAUCGACACAGAGCAAGUGUAUAAACUGUAUACAUAAAAAUCAAUCGUUUAACCUCAAUAUUAAUGUUGAGCAUAGCGCGCUCGAUCGCGAUUGCCCAACAUACAUACGAGCAUUACAAGAGGAGAAAAAGAGAGCAGGAUGGAUGGAAUAG